CACAAAUGUAGGAGGCGCUGAGGAUGCUGAGUGAGACUGAGAGCUGAGAGGUCGAAGGGGAGCCGAGUGUUUUUCUCCGGGUUGACCUCAACUUGUCCUGUCCUACCAUACUUGCUCUGUGAAUACAGUUUCCACAGAAACAUGUCGCGAUUCUCUGAUGUGCAAGCUGCGCCGCCCGUUGAAAUAUUCGCUCUCAUGAGAGCUUACCGCGCUGACACGCAUCCGAAGAAAGUUGAUUUGGGUGUUGGAGCGUACAGAACGGAAGAAGCCAAGCCAUGGGUGUUACCCGUCGUGAGGAAAGUGGAAAAAGAAAUGGCCAAUGAUGAGACCUUGAACCACGAAUACCUUGGCCAGCUGGGUUUGGACGAAUUCAGCAAAGCAGCCACCAAGAUGAUGUUGGGUGAAGACUGCGUAGCCCUUAAAGAAGGACGAGCCAUCGGCAUCCAGGCCCUCAGCGGUACGGGCUCCCUGCGAGUGGCAGCAGACUUCCUCGUCCGCCACGGAAAGUUUACGACAAUUUAUGUGUCCACACCGACGUGGCCUAACCACAAUUUAGUCUUCAAGCACUCCGGCUUUCAAAAUGUGAAGCAGUAUCGUUACUGGGAUGCCAAGAAUAGGUGUCUGGACUUUGACGGAAUGAUUGAGGACCUUCAGAGUGCACCUGAGGACUCUGUGGUAGUUCUACAUGCCUGCGCUCAUAACCCAACUGGUAUCGACCCUUCACAAGACCAGUGGAAGAAAAUUGCGGAAGUGGUAAAGGUGAAGAAAUUGUUCCCCCUGUUUGACUGCGCCUACCAGGGCUUUGCUUCGGGCAGCCUGGAAAAGGACAGCUGGGCAGUUCGCCACUUCGCUUCUCAAGGCUUGGAACUCUUCUGUUGCCAGUCAUUUGCCAAAAACUUUGGACUCUACAAUGAACGGAUCGGAAAUCUGAUCUUGAUCAUAAACGAUCAGAUGGCCAUGACCAACACGCUGGCACAGAUCACCCUUCUUGUACGUGGCAGUUACUCGAAUCCCCCAAACCACGGAGCACGCAUUGUUUCUCGUGUGCUAAACACGCCGGAAUACUUUGAAGAAUGGAAAGGCCACAUUCAGACGAUGGCAAACCGUAUCAUCUCGAUGAGGAAGGCACUCCGGGACCAGCUGGAGAAGCUCGGCACUCCGGGCACUUGGGAUCACAUCACGAACCAGAUUGGAAUGUUCUCCUACACCGGACUAAACCCUCGACAAGUUCAACACCUGGUGGAGGAGUACCACGUGUAUCUCCCCAAGGACGGACGCAUCAGCAUCUGCGGCUUGAACCCUAGCAAUGUGGACCACGUGGCCGCUGCCAUUUACGAUGCUGUCACGAAGUUCCCCGCUAGUUAGUUUCCAUACGGUGCAGAAUGUGGUGUAGAUAGAGCCGGAAGACGCUGAUAUUCUGCUUUGCCAUUCACAAAAUGUUGGACGCUUUAUGCGGGUCGCCCACAGAGAACGAGCCCAUCUAUUUGACGCUCCGCAACAUGGAAUCUGAUUCCGAACGUCAAGUUUGCGGACAGGUCACACUACGAGCAGUUGAUUACUCUGCUGGUUAGCUAAUUGAUCAAAGAAUUUGCGAUUGCGGAUAAACGUCUGGCAAGCAGAAUGGCUAAGCUGAAUGUCAGCCGGUUAGAUCUGUUGAUGCGGUAGCUGUAUACCUUUUAGAGACUUAGAGAAAGGGUUGUAUUGUGGCUGCCGAAUUGCUUUGAACAAAGUUCUAGAAUUCACAUAGUCGUGUGAAUUUAAGCGUAAAUACUUUAUAGCUAGGGUAGGGUUUUUAAUCCCGAUUUACAAGUAGGUCUCUGAGGUGACAGGUGGUUGCGUUCUACCUGCUCAGUGUUUCACGCUACAGCUUAGUUUGUCUUGUACACAGCUAUUCUUCGUUCUGUUUCCUGAAUAAACUGUUUAUUAAAUACA